GAAAGCAAAGAGGCAACUUUUGUCAACAUGUUUUAAAUAAAACGACGUACCUGAGUCAGUAAAAUGCCAUAUCUUCCAAAUUAGAUAAUACUAAUGUUGAUACAUUAUUGCCUUCUUGAGACUUUUAAUCUGAAGGUAAACAAACUUGAGAUGCUAGCUUACUGUUAGCUAGCUGCUUCUCUCUGUGUAGCUUCUUGGACUAUUCUUUCCGCUAAAUGUUGACCCACUGUGCCACAAAAUAAGGUUAUUUCUUGACAGCAGCUUAACGCGACCUGGCAACAUGGCGAGCGUGCAUGAGAGUUUGUAUUUCAACCCUAUGAUGACGAACGGAGUGGUCCACGCUAACGUGUUUGGGAUCAAAGACUGGGUGACUCCGUAUAAAAUAUCCGUCCUGGCGCUGCUGUACGACAUGACUGCAUCUAAAACCACUCUGCCCGAGAGAAGGAGGCUUAACAAACUCAUCCUACCCUUGCAGCAGGGUCCAGACCUGACUCUUGUCCAAUUCCUGAAGACUGUGGAGGAGUGUUGCCCUCAGAGUGCUUAUGCUGUCAAACAAAGGCUGCAGGAAAUGGCAGAUGGAGAGCUGAAAGACAUGGAGUACUUCUUUUCCACUCUUCCCACCCCAUUCACUGCUUUUGAUUCUGAGGCUUAUAAAACCAGUGUUGUAGGUCUUUUUAUGAGACACAUGCUUCUGGCCUACAACAAGCUGUCUUUCAGUCAGGUCUACAAGCUGUACAAGUCCCUGCAGCUCUACUACCACAGUCACUAUGCCAAGCCUGGUGACGGGCGGGUCAGUUUGCCUGCGCUGGUCGCUGACGACUCCGACAUGGACCUCACCAGCACUGAGGAUACUGUGGGAGACCGGAUAGACAGAGAGGAGCUGGACACCACACUGCUUGAGUCAGAGCUUCGGAAUGACAAUACUCCAAGCAGUGGCCCUCUGUCACAGAAACAAGCUGAGUACUUUCUUGCAAGACAGGCUUACCUUCUGAAGAACGAUGAGAACAAAGCUCUAAAGCCUGCUGCGCUGCAGGAAGAGCUCAACAACAUGCUGAAGUUUAACCCGGACUUUGCUGAGGCUCAUUAUUUAAACUACCUGAACAGCAUGAGAGUCCAGGACAUCUUCCUCUCCGCCCACGGUCUCUUACAUUAUUUUGACCGCCUCAUCCUGUCUGGUAAUGAAGGAAAGAGCAACGGGGACGAGGGCUACGGCCGAAGUCUCCGCUACGCAGCUCUCAACCUGGCUAGCCUGCACUGUCGCUUCGGCCACUAUCAGCAGGCUGAUCUGGCUCUACAGGAAGCCGUCCGUAUUGCCCAGGAGUCCAACGAUCACGUGUGCUUGCAGCACUGUCUGAGUUGGCUGUACACCCUGGAGCAGAUGAAGGGAUCUGACAGCACGGUGCUGACUGAGGACUCCGUGAAAAUGGCUGCCCAUUUCUGCCUACCAUACCUGGCCUCUCUGGGCAUUCAGUCUCUGGUCCAGCAGGGGGCGACGCAGGGGAAGACAGCCCACAAACUGAUGGACGCUCUGAAGGACACUGACAUCCUGCACUGGAAGCACAGCCUGUCGGAGCUGAUCGAGAUCAGCCUGGCCCAGACUACGUCAAUAUGGAGGAUGUACGGCAAGAGCACCAUGGCUCUGCAGCAGGCCCAGCUGCUUCUCAACAUGAGCAGUCUGGAGCAAGUCAACUUCGGGGUCCAGCAGAACAACACGGAGGCGUUCGCUGUGGCUCUGUGCCACCUGGCCGAGCUGCACGCUGAGCAGGGCCUGUACUCUGCUGUUUCAGACAUUCUCCAGCAUCUGAAAGAACAGUUUCCUCCUCACUCCCAGCAUGCAAAG